AUGGCGGCGGCUCCUGGGAAGGUGGUAGUCGUUCCACCGCCGGUGCUAAAGAAACCGAAUAUUGUCAUCAAGAAACCACUUGUGCCCGUUUCUCCAGCAGCCGGCGUGAAGAAACCAGGAUCCGGCGGCCCCGUGAAGCCGCCUCCCCCAAAGCCAGUAUUAGUUAGCAAGAAACUCCCCGGUGAAGAUGCCGGUCCCCCAGGAAAAAAACCAUUUUUAAAGCCCGCGGCGAAACCUUCUGCAAACGCUAAAGCCGCUCCAUCAAAAUCUGUUCAGGAUAAUUCUGUAAAGGCGGCCAAAGCGGCGAAACAAGCUGCCAAGCCGGUCUCCAAAAAGGCAGGCGGGGCCGAACCGGGAGCGACAGGGAAAGCUAAGGCUGCCAAGGCUGGUGCCACAGCAAAGACGACUUCUUCUGGAGGUUUUUUUUCGCGCAUGUUCCGUCGAAAGAAGGAUGAAGCUCCCGAGGAGCAGCCGAAGCCUGUUGUGGUGAAACCUGUCCCAAAAUUCGAGAAGGUUCAGCCCCGCAAAUUUGUCGGCAAGAAGUUAGGAACAGGUUCGCCGACGGCGAAAGCUUUCCAACCACGGUUUGGGAAAGCCGACGGUUCUCCGUCUGCAAGUCCAAAAUUCGGCCUAGCAGCUGAUGAUCUCUGUGCUGGUGCCGGGCCAAAGCUCAAAGCGUCUGAAACUCCACCGGCAGUGAAAGCACUCGGCUCUUCGGCCCCUCCAGGUGGCCCUAAGCCGCCUGCGGUUUCACCGAAGCCUCCGGUUGGGCUCCCUCCGCUCAAAGCGCCCAAGGGUCUGGGUGCAAAGGAGGCGACGGAUGGCAAAGGGCCGGGGCCUUCGCCUGGCGGUCUAAAGCCGGGGCUGCCAAAGAUUCUGCCUAAAAAGCCUCCUGCGGCGCCAGGCUUGGAGAAGAAACUGGAGGUUAAAAAAGUGGAAAUUGUUCCGAAAAAACUGCCCAGCGCAUCCGAGAAGGCGAAAGAGUCUGGAAAGGAGCCGCCACCAGGAAAGUCGUCAGAGGGCAGCAAGACAGACGCAAAAUCAAGUGGGGCAGAAAACGAUGGGAAAAAACCCUCGCCAGUCGGCCUUGGGAAGCAAAGAGAAGCUCUCAAAGGAGCACCGGCUCCAAAGCGUACAUUGGCUGACCUCUUAGCGAAGGGCUCCGCGGCAGCAGCCGAGCCCGCUGAAAAGGAUAACUCCCUAGUUGGAAAGGUGAAGUCCUUUCUAGGAGGGAACCCUCAAUAUAUACCAGAAGAUGAGAAGGAUCUGAAAUCGCCGGAUGUCUCCGAAGAUGUACUCAACCUCGUUCGGGAAGGUGUUGAAGCCUCUCCUGCAGAACAAAACGCUAUCAAGAAUGCCGUCCGGGCAGUCUACGAGCUUAUCGACGGCAAACUGGGGCCCGAACCUGUGGCCAAAGAGGUUCAAAAAGAUAAUCCGAAAGUUGUCGAAGCGCGAGACUGGAUCGCUGUCGCUCAGGAGAUUAAAGCGAGCGCUGUCGCUGUUCGGACUGCGCUGGAAAAUCUGAAGAAAGAGAAGGAACGCGCUUUUCAAGAUCUCUUAAACGCGCCAUUCAAGGACUCCGCCAAGUUUAGAUCUCUGGCGGAACCGGUCAUCAGCGCAAUCCAAGAGAGGCCAGAGACGGCCUCGUUGAGUUCCCGAGCCAUACAAGCAGAACUAGCAGAUGUCGUGGCGCACCAUCAGGCUGUCACCGAUCUGAAGGCUUAUCUCGAGAAAGAGCCAAACAUCGCCCGGUCCAUCGUCGAUGCGUACAAGUUCAAAGCGCAGCCAGCGGCAGGCGCGAAGGCGCCGACUGCAGGCGCCGCACGGGGGCCUACGGGCACCGCGGGCGGCGUGAAAGUCACAAGCGCUGUCGGAGGCGCGAAAUUCAGGACCGCGGCAGCUGGGCGUCCCGGUUUCGAUAAGGUGGGCACGGCGAGCUCUCGGGCGCUUGGAGGCGGAGCCGUGAAGCGUCUCGGGGCAAAAGGGCGAGGACCGCAACCCAAGGAGUCUUUGAAUACGAUGGCGGAAAAGCUCUUCAAUGAGGCGAUGACGGCUCUCACUGCAGCCUUUGGGGAAAAGUAUAGGGCAGCUAUCCUCAUUGGCGUUGUCCAUGAGCUUGAAUCAACUCUGACAAUUCCAAAAGGCACCUGCUGGCUUGCUGACAUCCUCCUCACGGCGGAUAAAACAACGGGUAUCUUUGACCACCAUCAAGUCCUCACCUACAUGUUCGGAUUCUUUGACUCGACCAGCUACUUGCGGUUUCGCGAGUGCAGCAAGCUCACACAUCGCGCCGUUGAGAUGGACCUUGACAAGCGUCUCUACCAUCUUCCACUGCAGACUCAAAGCGCGCUAACGGACAUAGGAUACUUCUAUCAUGCGGUUAGUUUCUUCUGUCGGGCCGCAGCACGGCUUGCACCUCUGGAUCGCAUGAAGUACCUUCCGCCUUCAGUUCUCAAGGCGGCCGAGUGGAUGGUGCCGGUGUCGCGUGAUGCACUGCGUUCGCACGUAUUCGUUUCCCUCGAUCGGCUUCCACACGACAUGAUUAGCUUGGCUGAAGCUGAGAGGCCGCUGCCUCAUUUGUGGAGAAAAAGCCAUUCCAAAGUGGAUCCUCUCGGCAAGGCGAUCUCGACUGAGAUUGACCUGCAUGACUUCAUCUCAGAGUACCGCCAACGCGUCAGUGUUGUUCGAGACGAGAUCGUUUGGCAACAUCCUGUCGACGACCUUGACGAGGAUUCAGUCUGCGCACUUGUUCAACAUCUGUUCAAGAUAUUGAAGCAGAUCGCCGAACGGCACAACGGCUUUUGUUUAUUCCGGCGAAGUGAAUAUCUUAUAAACACAGAUAUUCACAUCACACAUCGCAUCUGGCUCCAGUGCGUCGUCUCAUGGGGUGGUGUGUUGGAGGUGCCGGAAUCUAUGAAAAGACUCUACUUAACAAUUUCUGACAAUUUCUCCUGGGAUGGCUGA